AUGUGUGCUUCGACGUUCGAGACGAAUCCGGCUAGUAUUCCGCUCGAUGAGUUUUUGAGAUCGAGGUUCCGUGAUCUUGGAUCAUUCCGUGGGCUACAGAAGGAAAGCAUCGAAGCGUUACUGUCCGGGAAGAAUGUGAUGACAAUUAUGCCGACCGGGGAAGGAAAGUCACUAAUUUACACUUUCAUUCACCUUUACACACGAUCGAAUGUAUUGGUACUAUCGCCGUUACGGUCAUUAUGUUGCGACCAGGCGGAAAAUUCGAGAGUGAGGUAUGGGUGCAAAAGCGCUUUCCUUGGCCCAGACAACGGAGGACCCGAAUCCAACCGAGAAGUCCUAGAUCGUUGUCGUGAUGGUGAUUCGCACUUGCUGUUCGUUUCCCCGGAGUUCUUCGUUGCGCACUACGACACGUUCCUGGAAAUUAAUCGAGCGUCCGGUUUUUCAUUACUAGUUGUCGAUGAAGCUCAUGUGGUUUUCGAUUGGCAGUAUUUCCGGAACUGUUACAGCGAACUAUUCUCAUACAUUGGCGAUCGAUUCAGUAACUGCCCAACGCUGUUCCUGACCGCGUCUUUAACGAUUCGUGAAUCGGGAAUGGUUCAGAGCCUUCUGCGCUCGGCGUUGCCUUUCGUCGUGUUCCGAUCUUCUUGUAUUCGACGUAAUAUUUACAUACAUGUACGGAAUGCGAGAAACCCUGAGGCGGAUCUUAUCGAUUGCAUUGACUGUGAAGAGCCGACGCUUGUAUACUUCCGAUACAUCAAAGAUAUCGAGAAAAUCAGUUCCGAGCUCGGAAUUCUUCGCAUACCUCAUGUUGUUUACUAUUCGACCCUUCCAACGGCUUUGAAAGUCGAAAAUCUGCUUGCGUUUCUGCGAGACGAGAUCAGGAUUAUGCUGACGACAUCUGCUAUUGGGAUGGGCUUUGACAAACGGAACGUCAGGCACGUCGUUCACUACGGGUAUCCUAGUAGUAUCCGGCAUUUUUAUCAAGAGAUUGGUAGGGCCGGUAGGGAUGGCAAAAAAUCUAGAUCGACUGUUUUUUUAUCGACUUUGACUGCGCAGCGACAGCGAUUCGUUACAAACAUGCUAAUGAAACCGGCGCAAGCGUGUUUCGAGACCACGCAAUAUGCUCUUGUUAAACAUAUUUUCAACCGCGCCAAUUGCGUUUGGCAAUCAAUAAUUUCGGUGUUCGACGGCAGAGAAUCCUUCGUUGAUUCGUCGGGUAAUUGGGAUCUUGAUCCUUGUUGUUCGAUCUGUACAUUGUACCGCAAACUUCGAAAUACGUCGGUGCCCUUCGACUCUUGCCACCGAGAACUAAUUGGCUUUUGCGGGAUGUGUCGGACAGUCACCGUACGUUCGCAUUAG